AUGGCCGCCGCGAGUCUCGGUGCCCGAUUCGCGCCGUGUGUGACUGGGUGCGACGAUACACGCGCCUACCGGGCCACGACAGUGGCAUCUUCGAGGACGAGAGGAGGGUUUAGCGUGGAGUGCCUUUGGAAACGGAAAAGCGCAACUUCGAGACGAAUCAGGCAACGGAAAAGCGCGCUGCGACGCAUCUACAUGGACCCCGAGGACGAGGAUAGGCUUCGGACGUGGCGCAAGCUGAUCGUGAACGUGCCCAUCGAGAAAAUACUCCCGCGCGACAUCAGCUUCGGCCCCGGGAUCGAGAGAGAUGGGGACGCGGCCGAACGAAUGGCGUUCUUCGGCGAUAAAUAUCUAAACCUCUCGGUGGCAAAGGCUCUGGAGAGGCAGCUCCUGGAUGGCGACGAGACGAUGAGCAUCGGUGAGAUGAGCGUGCUGUGCUCGUCCGCGCGUAGUAACAUGCUCUUCGCGAAACUGCUGCCCAAGCUGCUCACCCCGGACAUGGUCGCCGCGGUCCCCGAGGAGGCCAUCAUGGAAGGUAGACAGCACAGCGUGGGCACGCUCCUCGAGAGCUGCGUUUAUCUGGUGUACACGACUGGCGGCGGCGAAGGAGCCGCGGCGGUGGACGAGCUCGGCACCUUCCUGUUGGAGGAGGCCGAGAAGCAGGCCGCGGACGUGCACAACUAUAAGGGCGCGCUGUACGAGCUCAUAGCCAAGGGCGUGGACGGGUACGUGGUCACCAAGGACAAGAUGGGCGAGGCCAGCGGCGGGGCGCACCCUCAGCGGUUCGAAACUGAGGUUGAACUCGACGGCGUCCGAGCUCGAUUCCUGGCGAGGAACAAGAGGGAGGCGGAGCGCGGCGCCGCGAAGAGGGUCCUGGAGAAGCUGUUCGAGCGCGAACGGAUGAGGGUGCUCGCCGGUGAGGACCUGGGCUCGCGUGGGGGGUCGUGGCAAGGGACGCCGGAGAGACCCGUGCCUCCACCGCAGCUUCUUAGGAAGAAGAGCGGCAGCUUUGACAGCAUGGAUGAAGCCAUGGAGGCGGACGAGGUCAUGGGUGAAGCGUGA